AUGGCGACUCAUGGUGCUGUUAUCCUCAAGGCUGCAUUUGCAGCUUGUCUCUUACGCCCGGAUCCUACUUCGGUUCCUCGAGAUGAGAUAACCGCGUUCCACAUCUCCCUUGAGCGCGCGUUGUCGCAUUGCUCCCCAGCCAAUAUUCAGACCUGUAAAGCCUGGUUGCUUCGAUUUGUCGCAUUUUCAUCUAAUAGGGUCGGGGGUCUAGUCAAUUACCUGGAAGCUCUUGCUGCGUCUUUCUCACCAUCCCAGCCCACUGGAUCCAAACUUUCACCCAAGCGCCAACGCCUCCACCUACUGUAUUUGAUCAAUGAUCUGUUACAUCAUUGCAAGUUCCACCUGGACAGCCCUUCAACCUUCUCCACAGUGAGCGGGUCCCUGCAGCUACAUCUCGUGAAAUUGGUCGGCUACGCAGCGAGCUGUGAUCGCCAAAAGAACCCACGGCACCAUCGACGGCUAGAUGAGCUGCUAGAUAUCUGGUCUGAGCAGGAAUAUUUUCAUGCCGAGUUAGUCGACAAGCUUCGGGAAGUUGUGGUUAUGGGGUUGCCGAUAAGUUCCAACGAUGCGGCCAACGAACUAAACCCAGCCAAGAAGCCUGGCAAGAAUGUGCCCUUUGUCAUGCCAUCUACACACGGAGAUCCAUCGACGCGCUGGCACGAAGUUCGUGCAGGCAACAUUUAUGCCCACAUUAUUCCCGACUCGACUAUACCUAUUCGACCUGAUGACACGAAACCGAUACAGUUACUAGCAGGUCCUGCCGAUGCAAAUUCGGUGGGAGCCCUCAAAGCCUUUCUCGGUGAUGUGAACCAGCUCUUCGAUCCGGAAACCUCUGGGGAUGAUAGACAUGCAGACAUCGACCAGCUGGGCCAGACAGUGAUCCGGGGUGAGAACACAGGCGACAUUCUCGACGGCGAACACUACCACGGAUGGUCCCUGGAAUUCUGUCAACCCGCAGAUACAGACACCGAGCACUCGCGCGGCCGGAGUCGCAGCCAUAGUGGAUCACGAACUAAUAACAAGCGCCGGCGCUACAGCGACAGCUCUAUCAGCCAGUCCGAGUCACAAUCUCCGAGUGGAUCACGACCAUACAAACAUGGUUUCCGUCGCCACGAGGCACGAUCAAGAAGCCGUUCUCCACAGCGCUCACGAAGCCGCGAAAGCUCAUACACACCUCGGGAGCCGUCCACUUCACACUUCCCGCCACCUCACCAUCCUCAACAUCCCCCACCCACCAACUCCUUUCCCCCUACCCAUAUCCCUGGACAGUAUGCCCAUCCCAUGGGUCCCAACACCGGUUAUCCCCAAGUACCUGCACCCAACUACGGUUCUUGGCCUCCGCCUCCUCCGCAUAUGCCGACCAUGCCCUUCCCCCCACCUGGACCCGGGCCCUCUUCGUCAGCCUUCCCUCCUCCGUACUAUCCUCCACCUUCUAUGCCGCAGGGACAGAACCAAGGACAGAACCAGGGACAGCAGCAGGGGUACGGGAUAUCUCCGGGUCAGUAUCACUUCCCUCCUCCUUAUUCUGGGGGUCAGCAGGGUGGACCCUGGGGAGGAGCUCCUCCCCAGGGCGGCCGUGGCUGGCAAUAA